AUGUUUUCAUUCAGCCAAGCUGCUCAUUUUCUUUGUUUGUUUUCCACAGUUUCCUGUGGUUGUCUGACUCAACUAUACAAAAACACCUUCUUCAGAGGUGGGGAUGUGACCGCCUUGUACAGCCCAGAUGCCCACCACUGUCAGAUGGUGUGUACAUUUCACCCCAGGUGUUUGCUCUUCAGCUUUCUCCCUUCAAGCUCAACCAAGGAUCCCAAGAAAAGGUUUGGUUGCUUCUUGAAAGACAGUGUGACUGGAGACCUGCCAAGAAUGCGUCGAACAAAUGCAAUAUCUGGAUAUUCCUUAAAACAAUGUGGAUAUCAAAUAAGUGCUUGCCACCGGAACAUUUAUGAAAACAUUGACAUGAGAGGGUCCAAUUUCAAUAUAUCUAAAGUUACAAGUCCUGAAGAAUGCCAAAAACUGUGCACCAAUAAUAUUCUCUGCCAUUUUUUUACAUAUGCCACACAAACAUUUCCCAAUGCAGAGUAUCGGAACAACUGCCUGUUAAAACACAGUCCAAGUGGUACGCCCAUGAGUAUAAAGGUGCUGGACAGUGUGGUGUCUGGAUUCUCCCUGAAGCCUUGCGCACUUUCAGAAAUCGGUUGCCAUAUGGAUCUGUUCCAGCAUCGAGCCUUUUCAGACAUGGAUGUGGCCAGAGUGGUCUCCCCAGAUGCUUUUGUGUGUCGAACCAUCUGCACUUACCACCCCAACUGCCUCUUCUUUACAUUCUAUACGAACGCGUGGAGUGUAGAGUCACAAAGAAAUGCAUGUUAUCUUAAGACUUCUAAAAGUGGUACCCCAAGUCCCUCUAUUCAAGAAAACACUAUAUCUGGACACAGCCUGGCCACUUGCAGGAAGACAUUGCCCGAACCCUGCCAUUCCAAAAUCUACUCUGGAGUCGACUUCAGAGGAGAUGAGCUGAAUGUGACUUUUGAGGAAGAAGCUACUGCUUGCCAGGACACUUGCACAAAGAUAAUUCGCUGUCAGUUUUUUACUUUCUCAUCCCUCCCAGAAGACUGCAAAGGAGAGAAGUGUAAAUGUUCCCUAAGGUUCUCACUGGAUGGCAACCCAGCUAGGAUCACAUCUGGGCCCCACUGGAGCUCUGGCUAUUCUCUGAGACUGUGCAAAACGGGGGACGGCUCUGUCUGCACGACAAAAACAAAUGCACGCAUUGUGGGGGGAACAAACUCUUCUUUGGGAGAGUGGCCCUGGCAGGUGAGCCUGCAAGUCAAGCUGACAUCGCGAAACCACGUGUGUGGUGGGUCCAUCAUCGGAGAGCAAUGGGUCCUGACUGCUGCCCAUUGCUUUGAUUUGAUGCCCCACAUGGAUGUUUGGCACAUUUACGGUGGUCUUAUAAACCUGUCUGAAAUUACAAAAGAAACUCCUUUCUCACAAAUAAAAGAACUUAUUAUUCACGAGAACUAUAAAGUCUCAGAAGGAGGGCAUGACAUUGCCUUAAUAAAACUGCAGGCUCCUUUGAAUAAUACUGAAUUCCAAAAGCCAAUAUGUUUGCCUUCUAAAGCGGAUAUAAAUACAAUUUAUACCAACUGUUGGGUGACAGGUUGGGGCUACACUAAGGAAAAAGAUGAAAUCCAAAAUACUCUACAAAAGGCAAGUCUCCCUUUGGUAACAAAUGAAGAAUGCCAGAAAAGAUAUAGAGAUUAUACCAUCACCAAACAGAUGAUCUGUGCUGGCUACAAAGAAGGGGGGAAAGAUGCUUGCAAGGGUGAUUCCGGUGGCCCUUUAGUUUGUAAGCACAAUGGAGUGUGGCAGUUGGUUGGCAUCACCAGUUGGGGUGAAGGCUGUGCCCGCAAGGAACAACCAGGUGUCUAUACCAAAGUUGCUGAGUACGUGGACUGGAUUUUGGAGAAGACCCAGAAUGGCAGUGGAGAUGCAUCAAUGACAUCACCAUGA